AUGUCCCUAGUCUCGGGGGGUGGUCAGACUGACCAGUAUCUAUGUGUUCAAAAACAUGUAGAGUACAUUAAAAAUCUGGACAGCAGGAGGGAUGAGCUUGAAUAUUGGCUCACGGAGCAUCUUCGGCUUAAUGGGGUCUACUGGGGCUUAACAGCCUUGCAUCUUCUCGGCUGUCCUCAAGCCUUGCCUCGUGAAGAUACGAUCAGUUUUGUUCUCUCCUGUCAGCGUGAGAAUGGUGGGUUUGGGGCUGCACCUGGACAUGACGCUCAUAUGCUGUACACCGUCUCUGCUGUCCAAAUCCUUGUAAUGCUGGAUGCAGUGGAUGAAUUGGAGAAGCGUGGCCUUGGAGGCAAACGGAAAGUUGGCUCUUUCAUCGCUGGAUUACAGGACAAGGAAACCGGCUCGUUCAUGGGUGACGAGUGGGGUGAGUUGGACACACGGUUCUUGUAUGGUGCGUUCAAUGCAUUGUCACUCUUAGGCCUCCUGGAUACUAUUGAUGUCCCGAAGGCCGUUGCCUAUGUCCAGAAAUGUGAAAACCUGGAUGGAGGUUAUGGCAUCCACCCUGGUGCAGAGUCACAUUCUGGACAGGUCUUCACCUGUGUAGGGGCUUUGGCGAUUGCCGGGCGAUUGGACUUGAUUAAUAAGGACCGCUUGGGUGGUUGGCUUAGCGAAAGACAGGUGGAUAAUGGAGGCUUCAACGGACGUCCGGAGAAGUUGGAAGAUGCAUGCUAUAGCUGGUGGGUUGGGGCCAGUUUGGCCAUGAUCGACAAGCUUCACUGGAUUAAUGGUGACAAGCUUGCUGCGUUUAUCCUGCGUUGCCAGGACCCGGAGAAUGGUGGGUUUGGAGACCGGCCUGGUAAUAUGGUCGACGUUUUCCAUACACACUUUGCCCUCGCUGGGUUGAGUCUCCUGGGGUAUGACGGUGUUGGAGAAGUAGAUCCUGUUUAUCAUCAAGAAUCCCAAGCAGUUAUCCUCCUCGAUGAAUAUGAUCGAUGGUACAAGGCCAAUAACCUUGCGAAAUUACUCUCUGACCGAUUAGCCUCGAAAGAUGCUCGUAGGAAAAGGAUCCACGGAACAGCGGCACCUCAUGACAAAACGUGCCCUGCAAAGGAAGAUCAUGGGCACAAGAGUCCUACAGGGCCGGUACGCUCGCCACAUGGCAACGCGCUUCCUGAUUACUUAGACCCACGCCUCGUUACGUCAGGUGUGUAUAUGGAGCAUGAUGAUAGCGACAGAGGCACAUAUGUCUCUGCGGACUGCGUCACUGGGGUCGCUUCUCCAAAUCGCGAUGUGCAAGCAAACGCAGAAUCGAGCCAUUUAUUGCACCCUACGCCUGGUUCUCAAAUCUCCACAGAAGCCGCGGCCUGCCAGUGGAAGCAAGAGCGUGUGUUUGGUUCAGACGAUGAGGGAGGCUUUGACUUGGAAUGCACGCCUAGUUGGUCUAAAACGUUGGGACACACAGCGCAAAUGGCCUCGCAGUUGCUAAAUCGACAACUAUUAAGUUACGAUCCCCUUGUUGAUGACAUCGAGAGCGAAGUGGACAAGGACAGGGUGGAUGAGAUCGCUAGACUCAAAGGGGUUCUUUGGCCGGGAAUGGAUAUCUUCGAUUCGGCCACUGCGCAAAUGAGGCGCAAACGCAAUCAGAAGAAGGAUGAAAGUGCUCUUAGGAUGAUGGAGAAGACUUCCAUGGGUGUUGAGCCUACAGAACUCAUAUUUUCCCCUACCGGAAUCUUACGGAAACAGCGUGUGAUCUCUGGCAAUGUAGAGGACAGUAGUCCUCUAAAAGGGGAAACACCGAUACCAAGGCGGAGAUCAACUCGUUUGAAACGUGCCCUCUCUCAAACCGACGCCAACAUUCAACGUGGACAGGACAGGAAGCGGAAGAAGAAAGUAGUUAAACAUGUCCCGAUCACCGUUGGGCAGGACUUGAACCACAGAGAUUCAUAUUUCACGCGAGCCACCUCCCCAGAAGCGCCAAGUGGUGGUAAUCAACUAACUCAUGGAGAGAGCGCGGACGACUUCGCAUUGACAUUCAAUGGGCCUGAGUCUAGGUCGCGCACUGGGUUAAAGAUCUUCUGUGACACACCAAACCAAAAUAUUUCAGACCAACAUUGUGGUGAUGGUUUGCACUUUGGACUAGUUGCAUCUUCUGAUGCGCUCUUCCUGCAACAAGAAGCUACCACAACUCGCACCCCUAGCUCGGUACUUUCCAGCAAUUAUAUCUCAGAAUUUGCAGAGAGGCUUUGCCGUUUCACUACGGACAAAGAGAAUAUUGAUCCUCUAUCGGAUGCUCACGGCCGAAUCGAUCCUCUUGUAGGCUGGCACUCUCCCGUCAUCAAGCGACAUCUAGCCAGUAAUACUGGUUAUCCGUCACAGUUUCUUUUCGGCGAUAGCCAACGCAUCGAGCUAAACAUGUUCGAUGGGCACGAUAGUCAUGUAGGAUAUUCAUAUAAUCCGCUAGCAGCCUCGUUUCCAAAAUUAUCAGCUGAAGAGAAUCCUAUAUACACCAUGGACACCAGCAACGGUCUCUCUUUUCAGGAUGCAACGUACGUGACGUCUCCUGAGGCGACCAUUUCCGAUAUCGAAGAUGAUGAUUUUGAGCGACUAUAUUUGGAUGGGAGCUCCUGCUAG